AUGGGCUACCUCAGGUCGAAGCUGGAGUACGUCUCCGUGCCCUCCAACUUCAAGCCCGGCCCGAAACAUGGCCACUACUCCGACAUGGACGCCGAAUACGCCAAGGUCGGCCCCCCUCUGGCCAAGAUGAUGCUCGAGGGCUGGACGAAGGACAUGCCGAUGGAGCAGUUCAAGGCCAUGUUCCUCAACGAGGAUCCCCCCGUGCCCGAGGACUGCCCCCAGCCGGGGAAGGACAUCUCCCUGGAGCGGCUCAAGGUGCCGAUGCGCGACGGGGCGGAGCGGGAGCUCAAGAUCUACAAGAACUUCAAGGCCCAGAAGAAUGCCGCCCUCGUUUACAAGAUGCACGGCGGAGGCUGGACGGUUGGGUCGCACGAGAUUGACGAGGCCGAGAACCGGUAUAUCGCCGGCCUUACCAACGUCGUGGUUGUGAGCAUCGACUACAGGAUGGCGCCGGAGUUCCCGUUCCCCUACGCUCUGCACGACUCGGUCGACGGUCUUCUAUGGUGCAAGGCCCAUGCCAGCAAGCUGGGAAUCAACCCCGAGAGGAUCAUCGUGGGAGGCUGUAGUGCUGGAGGGAACCUCUCCGCCGCUCUGAGCAUCGUCGCAAGAAACGACGGAAUCACCGGCAUCGUAGCCCAGCAUCUCAGCAUCCCGGUCACAUGCCACCCCGCGCUCUUCGACAAGGUGCCCGACGCGGAAAAGUACGAGCUGCUCAGCUACAUCCAGAACAAGGACGCCGACCUCGUCAACGCGGCGCAGAUGGAGUUCUUCUGGGACUGCUACACGGGGAAAGACACCAAGCUGGACGUGCUCCACUCGCCUCUGCUGUCCAGGAACCUGAGCGGUCUUCCACCAGCGAUGGUGCAAGUGGCGGGCCUGGACCCCCUUCGCGACGAGGGCAUCGCGUACGCAGAGGCGCUGAAGGCCCACGGCGUCCCCACAACGCUUCACGUAUACAAGGGCGUGCCUCAUGGGUUCUACGGGUUCCCUACCCUCGACGCGAGCAAGCAGUAUUUUAGCCGGCUUGUGGAGUUUGUCGAGCGCCAUGCCAAGGGCUUGUCUUCGAAGUUGUAG